AUGUCGCAUAUUUUACUUUUUUUAUUACUUGGCUUAAGUGUAAUGAUUUUGGCUGAACCUCCUUUAACAAUUGAUCAUAUCAAAGAACGUUUAGAAAAUUCAGCUCAACAAUUAUCAAUAGAAAGAUUGAUCGAAUCACCUGAUGCUAAAUCUUAUUUAAAUAAUUAUCUUACAAAAAAUUCACCACAUAUAAUAAAUUUAAAUGAAGAAUUAACAAAAAUGAUUCAUGAAUGGAGUCCACGUCUUUUAGCACUUGAUCCAACAUGUCCAUAUUAUUUUUCAAAAUUUAAUAAUAUUUCAUUACCUGAAGAAGAUCGUAAUCUUCUUUCAUAUUUACAAGCAAUUGAAUCAAAUCAAACAACUGCUUAUCCAUUUCAUAAUACUUUACCAAAAUCAUAUCUUAAUGCUAUUCCACUUUUAUCUAUUUUUCAUUGUAGUGAAUUAAUUAAGUCAAAUUCAUUUUUUCAUAAUAUUGAACUUAUUAUUGGUCCUGGUCAAACUGAAUUAUCAUUAGAAAGACAAUCAAAUAUGUUUUCACAAUUAUAUUGUGUACUUAAUGGUUGGCCACAUUUUAUUCUUGUUGAUCAAACCAAACAAUCAACAAUUACAUAUAAUGCACAAACUUUACUUUCACAAGAUAAUCUUGCGGAUGUUAAAUAUUUUUCCACAAAUUUAGUACCCGGUGAUUGUUUAUUUGUACCACCUGAUUGGGUUACAGGUGCUCAACUUAAUAAUAGUAUUUCAUUACUUUUCACAUUAAAAAAAAUUGAAAAACCAAGUGAAAAUACAACUAAUGAUGAACCAUUACCAUGUACUCCAACUAGUGAAACAACAUUAGACACAGUUGACUUUACUAUUGUCGAUAAAUUCAAUAUGAGUGACAUGGGUUUACUAAUUUAUUUCUAUCAAUAUUUAAAUCCUCCAAUAUUUGAUAUUAAAUAUACUCGUGAAACAUUUUUUGAUCAUUUUCGACAAGAUAGAAAUGUUUCAAAAAUAAUUUUUAAAUGGACACCAGAUUUAAUCAGCCUUAUUAAAAAUACACUUUUUGAUGAACUUGAUAUAAAUAAAGAUGAAACAUUUACUAUCGAUGAUUAUUUUGAUAUUAAACAAACAAGUACGCAACGAAUACAAAAUUCUGUUUAUGAAAUACUUGAAACAUUACGUCAAUCUGUUCUUAAACAAUUUAAUGAAGUAAAUGAAACAAUAGCAAAAAUUAGUAAGAAAUUUGAAACUGAAGGAUUAAAUGAAAAUAUGAAUGAAGCUCUUCAAGAUUUAUUAGCAGCUUUACCUGAAUCAGUUAAAGAAAAAUUACAAGAAAGCAAUGUUAAUGUUGAAGAUGUUUUAUAUAAACUUAAACAUGAAAAACCUAAACGACCAUCCAUAAAUAAAGAACGUGUGAGAGUAGAUGAUGCUUCAAUCCUUUUUGAUCAAGAUCAAUCUGAAGAAAUGAUAUUAGAUCUUGGUGCUGAUCAAGAAGAAGAUAUUAUAGCAGAACCAAUUAUAAAAGAAGAUGAACUUUCUCAUCGAACUGAUCUGUGA